GGAGGAACUGGAAGUUAAAUGUUCCUGCUAAGAAACGUUUUCUUUGACUGUUCCUACCUGGGUCUUUGCUGUGGUCUAGCCUGGGAGGGUCUAGCCAAUAUCCAGCCUGAACAGAGAGCGAGCCUGCCACCAUGCCGGCUUGCUGCAGCUGGAAUGACGUCUUGCAGUAUGAGACAAACAAAGUCACCCGGAUCCAGAGUGUGAAUUAUGGCACCAUUAAGUGGGUCUUGCAUGUGAUCGUCUUUUCUUAUGUUAGCUUUGCUUUGGUGAGUGACAAGCUGUACCAGCGGAAGGAGCCUGUUAUCAGCUCCGUGCACACCAAGGUCAAAGGGAUCGCAGAGGUGACGGAGGUUGUUGCAGAGGGUGGGGAGAUGAAGUCACAGCGCAACAUCUUUGACACUGCAGACUACACCUUCCCUUUGCAGGGGAACUCGUUCUUUGUGAUGACAAACUUCCUCAAGUCAGAAGGCCAAGAACAGAAGCUUUGUCCCGAGUUUCCCACCAGCCCCAGCGCAAAAUGUAAAUCCGACAGGGACUGUAUAAAGGGAUGGAUGGACCCGCAAAGCAAAGGAAUCCAUACUGGCAAGUGUGUACAGUACGAUAAGAACCGGAAGACCUGUGAGAUCUUUGCCUGGUGUCCCGCUGAGGAGGGGAAAGAGGCCCCCCGGCCUGCACUCUUGGGAAGUGCUGAAAACUUCACUGUACUCAUCAAGAACAAUAUUGACUUCCCUGGCCACAACUAUACGACAGCUGGAGGAAUCAUGGGCAUUGAGAUCUACUGGGAUUGUAACUUGGACAGCUGGUCCCAUCGCUGUCGUCCCAAAUACAGCUUCCGCCGCCUGGAUGACAAGUAUACCAAUAAGUCCUUGAUCCCUGGCUACAACUUCAGAUACGCCAAGUACUAUAAGGAAAACAAUGUGGAAAAGCGGACACUGAUCAAAGCCUUCGGGAUCCGCUUUGACAUCCUGGUUUUUGGCACGGGAGGAAAAUUUGACAUCAUCCAGCUGGUCGUGUACAUUGGAUCCACACUGUCCUACUUUGGCUUGGCCACUGUAUUUAUUGACUUGCUCAUCAACACAUACUCAAGCGCCUUCUGCAGGUCCGGCGUCUACCCCUGCUGUAAGUGUUGUGAAUUCUGUGCGGUCAAUGAGUACUACUACAGGAAGAAGUAUGAGCUGGUCAUGGAGCCGAAGUCGACGUUAAAGUAUGUGUCCUUUGUGGACGAGCCCCACAUUCGCAUGGUGGACCAGCAGCUGCUCGGGAAGAGUCUGCAAGUCAUCAAAGGCCAAGAAGUUCCAAGGCCUCAGGCGGAUAUCAUGAACCUGUCUAGGCUGUCCCUCUCUCUCCACGACUCACCUCCCAUUCCUGGACAACCUGAGGAAGUGCAGCUGCUGCCUAGACAGGUGACCCCCGGGUCCAAGGACAGCCCAGGCUGGUGUCAGUGUGGAAACUGCCUCCCUUCACGGCUCCCAGAGAAUCGCAGGGCCCUGGAGGAGUUAUGCUGCCGGAGGAAGCCGGGACCCUGCAUCACCACCUCAGAGCUCUUCCGGAAGCUCGUGCUGUCCAGACAGGUCCUGCAGCUCCUCCUGCUCUACCAGGAGCCCUUGCUGGUGCUGGAGGAAGAGGCCACCAACCGCCGCCUACGACACUGUGCGUACAGGUGCUAUGCCAUCUGGCGCUUCGGCUCCCAGGACAUGGCGGACUUUGCCAUCCUGCCCAGUUGCUGCCGCUGGCGGAUCCGGAAGGAGUUCCCCAAGACCGAGGGGCAGUACAGUGGCUUCAAGUAUCCCUACUGACAUGGCUGUCACACUAUGGUGGCUCAGAGCAGCUUCUCUCUGCAGACCGAGAGCCACAUUUUCAAAGGGAACUCAGGUU